CAUUAAAAAAAGAAAAAGAAAAAAGAAAAGAAAAAGGGAAAUCCAAUAUUGAAAGAAAAUUAUAAAGGAGACUUUUGGUGUUGUUAAGAAGGCUCAACUCCCCUCUUUUAUUGCCGAGUCCAAUUGCAUCAUUUACUAUGACUUGUAUCUCUCUCUUUCGCUUCUCAACUCUCUCUCUCUCACACUCCCUAGUCUCCAUCUCUUUCUCUUUCUCUCUCUCUGGUUCCAUUGAAAUUUAUGGCAAGAGGGGGUGGACUCUCCAUUGAUUCAGAUCCAAUUGGGAGCUUCUUCCCCCACAACCCAGUAGUUCUCAACUCUUUUCCUGAAGACUGUAACAACAACACUGGCCAACAAAAGUGGAAACUUCCUCCUAACAUGGAUGCCACAGUUAACAGAAACAGGUCUCCAUCAUCUUCUCCAAACACCAACCCCACCUCCACCUCCACCUCCACCAUCCCCUUCCAAGUCAACCUUACCUCUGAUAACAAAAGGCCCCACAUCGACGAGAUGGACUUCUUCCCUAACAAGACCGAUCAUGAUCGUAAAAACUUUGCCUCUGCCUCCACCUCCACCUCUGCACCUCCCUCACUAGACCACCUUCUUCACACACAUCAUCAUUCAUCCACUCCUGCUAUUUUGGAAUUGAAAGUAAACACUGGUUUGAAUCUUCUUACCACCAACACUGCUAGUGAUCAUUCCAUGGUGGACGAUGAGACGUCCACUAAUUCCGAAGAAAAAAGAGCCAAGAGUGAGAUGGUUGUUCUCCAAGCUGAGCUUGAGAGGAUGAAGGUGGAGAAUCAUAGGCUGAGGAACAUGCUUGAUCAGGUUAACACCAAUUACAAUGCCUUGCAGAUGCAUUUGGUAAGUAUUAUGCAAGAACAGAAGGAGGAGGAGGGUGAACAACAAGUGUUUGAUGGAAAAUUAGAUGAGGAAAAACAAAGUGGGAAUGGGGUCUUGGUGCCAAGACAAUUUAUGGAUCUUGGGUUGGCUAGUAAUGUUGAUACUAAUGAACCUUCUCAUUCUUCCUCAGUGGGAAGAAGUCAGGAUCUCUCAAAGUCGCCAAUAAACAAUGAGGUAGCAUCCAAGGAAUUUGACACCAAGAAGAAUGGGAAUGCUAGUGAUGAAGGAUUUGAUCAAGACAAGAAGGAAUUUGGAAGGGCAAAUGAAAGAGAAGACAGUCCCUCAGAAGGGGUUGCCGCUAAUACCAAUGUUCCAAAGUUUAGUCCUCCAAGAAACGUUGAUCAAGCUGAGGCUACCAUGAGAAAGGCAAGGGUUUCUGUCAGAGCUCGAUCAGAGGCACCCAUGAUCACUGAUGGGUGUCAAUGGAGAAAGUAUGGGCAGAAGAUGGCCAAAGGAAACCCAUGUCCUCGAGCAUAUUAUAGAUGUACCAUGGCAGCAGGUUGCCCAGUGAGAAAACAGGUGCAAAGGUGUGCUGAAGACCGAUCAAUACUGAUCACAACAUAUGAAGGGAAUCACAAUCACCCUUUGCCUCCAGCAGCUAUUGCAAUGGCACAAACAACUUCUGCAGCAGCUAGAAUGCUGCUAUCAGGAUCUAUGUCAAGUGCUGAUGGCCUAAUGAAUGGAAACUUCCUCACAAGGACACUGCUCCCUUGCUCUUCUAGCAUGGCCACUAUCUCUGCAUCAGCACCCUUCCCAACUGUUACAUUGGAUUUGACUCAGUCUCCAAACCCACUACAGUUCCCAAAGCCCCCAAACCAAUUCCAAAUCCCUUUCCCUGGUGUCCCUCACAACUUUGCCAAUUCCUCAGCCUCAUUGCUGCCUCAGAUAUUUGGGCAGGCACUCUAUAACCAGUCCAAGUUUUCUGGCCUCCAAAUGUCUCAAGAUGCAGACAGUUCCCAGUUGAGUAACCAAUCUCAACGGCCACCACCGCACCUUGCUGACACGGUCAGUGCUGCCACUGCUGCCAUUGCAGCUGACCCCAACUUCACGGCAGCUUUGGCAGCAGCCAUCACUUCUAUCAUUGGGGUUGCACAGCCAAACAACAACACCAGUACCAAUAAUAAUGGCUCCACAUCCAACAACACAAGCAAUGCCAAUAUUACAUCAAACAACAACAAAUAAAAUCAGCAAUUCCAAUUUCUCAGGGAAUUGAACAGUUGAACUAGUUAUACUUUUAUAGUUCACAAAUUUCAAAAUUUUUGUUAGAUAAAUUUGAUUUUUUUUCCCUGUCAAAAUGGGCUCAAAUUAAUUUAUGUCGAGCCAAAUACUUCUUUUAUCUCUUACAUUUGUUCACUCAGGAUAUAUUGUUAUAAGACGGAUAGCUGAUAUUCUUUUCUUUUUUAUA